AUGUUACUCAAGUUUGGCCCCAGUCAGUUUUCAGGGCAGCAGCGUCUCUUUGUGGGGAACACGGAGCAAGAGUAUCCCAUCCAGAAGUGACCCCCAGCUCCAUUCAUGACUGAGGGACCUUCUAAGUCAUCUGAGCCAGACCCACCAUCCCUCAAUGCCACCAACUCGACGGACUGUGGGGAGGAUCUCUUGCUGUAUGGGGACACUGAGAAAGUAGUCAUUGGGACGGUCCUCUCCAUCAUCACCCUGUUGACCAUUGCUGGCAACAGUUUGGUCAUCAUCUCUGUGUGCACUGUCAAAAAACUCCGGCAGCCCUCCAACUAUUUGGUGGUCUCCUUGGCGGCAGCUGACCUGUCCGUGGCCUUUGCAGUCAUGCCCUUUGUCAUCAUCACAGACCUGGUUGGAGGGAAAUGGCUCUUUGGGGAGGUCUUCUGCAACGUCUUCAUUGCCAUGGACGUCAUGUGCUGCACAGCAUCCAUCAUGACUCUCUGUGUCAUCAGCGUGGACAGGUACCUGGGAAUAACCCGACCGUUGACAUACCCUGUGAGACAAGAUGGGAAGUUGAUGGCCAAGAUGGUGUUCAUUGUUUGGCUUCUCUCUGCAUCCAUAACUCUCCCUCCGUUGUUUGGUUGGGCUAAGAACGUCACCGUGGAACGGGUCUGCCUCAUCAGCCAGGACUUUGGCUACACUGUGUACUCUACUGGGGUGGCCUUCUACAUCCCCAUGACGGUGAUGCUUGUGAUGUACAACAGGAUCUACAAGGCGGCCAAGGCCAGUGCUCAGAAACACCGAUUCAUGGACUUCCCCAGACCCUAUGAGCAAGAUGGGGCCUACUCCAUUGAGGCCGGCGUACGUCGCCAACACAGCACCAAGCGCAACAAGGCAGCGGAGGAGUGCGCCACUUUGUCCAAACUUCUCCGUCAAGAUCGCAAGAACAUUUCCAUCUUCAAGAGGGAGCAGAAGGCAGCCAGGACCCUGGGCAUCAUCGUCGGGGCCUUCACGUUUUGCUGGCUCCCCUUCUUCUUGAUGUCUACUGCCAGGCCGUUCAUCUGCGGCAGCCACUGCAGCUGCAUGCCGCUGCGGCUUGAGAGGACACUGCUGUGGUUGGGCUACGCCAACUCUCUCAUCAACCCCUUGAUCUACGCGUUCUUCAACCGGGACCUGAGGACUACCUUCUGGAACCUGCUGCGGUGCAGCUAUCGCAACAUCAACAGGAGACUCUCGGCUGCAAGUAUGCACGAGGCCUUGAAGGCCACAGAAAAGCAUGAGGGCAUACUUUAA